CGUUGGACAGUUGGUUUGGAUCAAAAAUACCACUGCGUCCGGGAAGUCCCAGCGAUGAUUGGAUGCGGAAUUGAGGCUGAGGAACCAUCAAGCUGCAGCAGAGAUGCGCUUUAUGGGGUCCAGCAGGGGCUCCAAUGGGGACAAUACUGCAGUAGCAGCAUAGAGCUCUAGUCAUUUCCAGUGUUUUUCUAUGAGAUUAGGUGCUACUUAGCUCAGUCAGUGUUCGGCCGCAGGGCGCUCAGAGGUUGAUGCACUGCAGUGGUCCUAUUCGCCCUUAUGGAUCGCGUCCAUGGAUGUCUUCAAACCAGCUUUGGAGAACAGUUUGAGUCCCAGGGCGUCAUUAUCUGAAGAAGCAGAGUCGGAUGUCUUUCGCUGGUCCAGCACAGCGGAAAGCGAGCCGGCGCAGGAUGAGGAGCGCGCCGCGCCUCCGCCAGGCGUCUGGACAGCCGUGUUCGACUAUGAGGCCACUGCGGACGAUGAGCUCAGCCUGCGCAGGGGAGACCUGGUGGAGGUCCUGUCCAAGGACUCCUUGGUGUCGGGAGACGAGGGCUGGUGGACCGGCAUGAUAGCAGACCGGGUUGGCAUUUUUCCUUCCAAUUAUGUCAGCAAAAGGAACAGGACAGAGGAAGAGGCAGGCCUGCGGGACAGCUCGGAGCACCCAGUGCCUCCUCUGCACCUCUUGGAGAUCGAUUUCUCGGAGCUCACCCUUGAGGAGAUCAUCGGAGUUGGUGGUUUUGGAAAAGUCUACCGUGCGGUGUGGCGGGGUUCUGAGGUGGCCGUGAAGGCAGCCCGACGGGACCCCGAUGAGGAUGCGGCGCAGACUCUGGAGAGCGUGCGACAGGAAGCAAAGCUCUUUGCCAUGCUCAAUCAUCCAAACAUCAUGGGCCUUCUGGGGGUAUGCCUGCAGGAGCCCAACCUGUGCCUGAUCAUGGAGUAUGCUAGAGGAGGGCCUCUGAACCGAGCUCUUGCUGGGAAACGCAUCCCCCCUUGUACGUUGGUAAACUGGGCUGUGCAGAUUGCACAAGGAAUGCAUUACCUCCAUGACCAGGCUAUCGUCCCCAUUAUACACAGGGACCUCAAGUCCAGCAACAUCCUGAUCCUUGAGAGGGUGGAUAUGGAGGACCUCAGCAACAAGACUCUGAAGAUAACCGACUUUGGGUUGGCUCGGGAGUGGCACCGCACCACCAAGAUGAGCGCGGCUGGGACCUACGCCUGGAUGGCUCCUGAGGUCAUCCGCUCAUCCACGUUCUCCAAGGGUAGCGACGUGUGGAGUUAUGGCGUGCUGUUAUGGGAGCUGCUGACCGGAGAGGUUCCUUUUCGAAGUAUUGAUGCUCUUGCUGUAGCCUAUGGAGUGGCAAUGAACAAACUAGCUUUGCCCAUUCCCUCCACUUGCCCUGAGCCUUUUGCACGUAUAAUGGAGAACUGCUGGAGUCCAGAUCCUCACUCGCGGCCACUGUUCACAACUAUUCUGGACCAGCUCACUGCUAUUGAAGAAUCUGGCUUUUUUGAAAUGCCUGCAGAGUCCUUCCAUUCCCUGCAGAAUGACUGGAAAUUGGAGAUACAGGAAAUGUUCGAUCAGCUUCGGACCAAGGAGAAGGAGCUCCGAUCGUGGGAGGAAGAGCUGACUCAAGCCGCCCUGCAGCAGAAGUGCCAAGAGGAGGCAUUAAGGAAACGUGAGCAGGAGCUCGCGGAAAGGGAGAUUCACAUUGUCGAGCGGGAGCUAAACAUCAUCAUCCAUCAGCUCUACCAGGAGAAGCCACAUGUGGAGAGCAGGCAGGGCAAAUUCCGCCGCAACCGCCUUAAACUUAAAGAUGGGAACAGGAUCAGCCUACCCUCAGAUUUUCAGCACAAAAUCACAGUGUUGGCAUCUCCAUCCCAUGAUCAUCGGAGGAAUCUCCUCAGCAGUGGUUCCAGCCCGCCAACCAGCCCACUCAUGCUGCCUCGCCUUCGAGCCAUCCAGCUUACUCCAGGAAAGGACCGCACAGAGAUCGAGAGAAAGGGGUCAAGGAAGAAGGGUCGUUCCCGUGGGAAUGGAAUAUACAGGGAGCACAGUGCAGAUGCAUGUGUGAAACCUCCCCAUGAGGGCAGCAGGCAGCGGUCCUGCAGUGCUCCGAACCUCCGCAGAUCCCCAAGGCACAGUCCAGCAGUGCCUGGAGUACCAAGCCUACUGGAGACAGAAAAUGAAGACUGCUGCUUCACUACGGAGCCGGGUGCAGCUCCUGGUCAGUCCUACCUCUGCAUUCCCUUCCAAAAAGACACCCACGGAGCGUCUUCCAUCGAAACUGAGGGGGAUGAGUACUGCCUCCGCAGCCAGGCCCCCAGCACCCCGCCAUGCAGAAAGAGUCCAGUAGGAGGUCGGCGUUCUGAGCUGGUCCUGCUUGGAUGUGGAGCUCUGUUGGCAGCUGUUGGACUGGGAUGCAACCUGCUAACUUUUGCCCAGCCUGAGGAGAGCAUCAAAUCCAGAUGGGAGGGUUUCUUCCACAGAACAGCUGGCCAAAGGCGUAGCACUAGCUCUCCGACUCGCAGACUGUUCCAGAGGGAAAGUCCUUUGAAGACUUUGGCCCCCUCCUUACCUGAACGAGGUUUACCAUCCUCAUAUACGCUCCUGUCCUUAUCGUCUAUUUCUGACUCUAACUCCACCCAUUCAUUGCUGCGCUCUGACAGCGACGAACUGUUGAUCUGCCGUCCUUCGUCGGGAUCAUCCCGGCCUCCUGUGCCUCCUCCGGUCUCACAGCGCAAGACGGUCCAGACUCCAGUGAAUUCACUGGUCAACAUUCACGUGGAGAGCUUCAAGCGGAACCCCCGCCAGUCGCUAACACCCACACAUGUCCCCUGUAUCCCACCUUCCUCUCGGGGCCUCCGUAGAACCCCAUCAGAUGGAGCCAUCAAGAAGAACGGUCCUCCCAGCUCACUGGAGACUUUGCCAGAGAAGAAAGCUUUAGAGAACACAGCAGGUGGCUUCAGGGGUUUAAAAGAAGAAAAUCAAGAGGUUCCGCGGCUUCCUGACCCCAACGUGGUAUUCCCCCCCACCCCUCGCCGUCGCUGUGCUCCAGAACGCCCUAAAACCUUGGACUUUGUGGCCCGGCCUCGCCCUUCACCACGGCCACGGUGCGAUGUGUUCUGGGGAGACUCUCGGCUUAGGGGCAAUGGACACACCCUGGGCAGUGGCGAGUCCCCCGCUUACACCUCCAGUACAGAGACACCGCCCACUGUAGAGUUUGGUAGAGACUCCACAGAUCUGCCAACUCCAAUGGAGGCUCCAACUCCCUUCACUCCCAGCAGGAAUGCAAACCUGUUGGAUAAGUGGGAUGAGGGUCAGAGUCGGGAUGGAACAGUCCCCCUUUGCAGACCAGACAGCAGCCUUCCCAAAGACUCACCUUAUAAUCCAGAGUUCUGGUCCUGACUCAGUCCAACACAUGAACAGGGUGGACCUGCUGUUAGCUGUAAAACUCUCACCAAUCUAUGUUAGUUUUAAUUAAAAUGGUACACAUUCUCCAAUCUACAUCAUUGGAACAAAAUUUCAAUGACGUCUUUUCUUUCUUCUAUUCAUUAUUUUUUCUAAAUAGUAACCCAAAUCUGCAUUAAAAAAAAAAAAGAUCUGAGCCAGGUCUGGCUUUAAAGAAAGAUAUUAAUUCAGAACCCCUUCCUAUUACCUUCAUCAGCUCUAGAUUCUUGUUAUUUUCUUCAGAAAAUCUCUGAUGUUAUCACAAAGCUUUACACACCUAUCUCCAGCUUGCGUUUGGAUUGUGCAUUAAAGUGCACUUUUAAAAAUUCUCAUGAAUGUAAAACAUUUUUUAUGGCCAGAAAGUAAACAGUAACUCUACUUGAGCCUCUCGGCUCCAUCUGUUUCCCACUCGUGCUCUGGCAGCGGAUGGGUUCCUGUUUUGCACCAAGUUCCCUUCCUCACUGUUCCCUUCAUAAACCACAGACAGAACUGCUGCUGUUUGAUAUGAGUCUGCUUGUUUUUCCAAUGUUUUUCCAAGUUUGCAACUACAGAAACCACAGAAAAUCUCCUCAGUUGUAAUUUUUACUUUUUUAUUUAUUAAUGAUCCUUUGAGAAAUUGAGAAAUUACUAUGGAAGUUAUAAUUGUUGGAAGGAGACAAAAGGAAAUGUUUAGUUUUUUGGCUGGGGGGGGGACACCCACAUAGGUCCCAGAUGAUGUAUGGGAGUUUUUUUUUAUCAUCUUAAUGUUGUUUUUUAUUUAUUUGGUGUCUUAUUUUUUUAUCCUGUCUGCCUUGAUUUUUACACAAUUGCUUUAUCUGAAUGUUUCCGGAAUUUUCAGCCUUUGCACAGAGCAGUGUCGUUUGAUUUUAAGCUGCACUUUCUUAAUUUAAGUUUUUUUUAUUGUCUAUUACCUGGGGCUUGACAACCUCUGAAUCAUUUUUAAGGGAGAGUAGCUGAAGAGCUCUUUGAUUUUUUUUAAACCAUAAGAAAUAAUUCAGUUUGAAUUUAUUGGAUAUAAAAUAAAAAAAUGUUAUUUUUUACAGUGUCUUUGCCAAGAAAUGUAGCUGCUCAGUGAGCACUUAUCACAACACAGUUUCUCUUGUUUAAGUGGUGUUAACUUGUAAAGAAUCCAGUCAUUUUAUGGGGCAUCUCAUGAACAUCUAUUUCACUUUUGUUCAGUUUAAAUAAAACACUGGAUUUAAAAAUACUAAAAGCACCGAUGCAUUUAAGUUUUAAAAAAAGGGAAGCGUGGGUUUAUUAUUUAUUUUUGUAUACACUUCAAUUUUUAUUUUAUUGUUUAUUUAUUUAAUUAUUUAUUUAUGACAUGCAACACAAAUGUUAUAAAAGAGAGCUGAAACAGUUCCUAUUUUUCAGUUGUAAUGUUUCUUUUGUGUCUAAAUGAAGCAGAUGAAUGAAUUCUUACUCAUGUCUGAAACUAACCCUGACCCCCUCCCCUUUCAGAACUGUGAAAAAAUAGAUAAUGUCUGAAGCACCAUCCAUAUAUGUUUGAUCUACAGGUGAAAUGAUGCUAAGCUCUUGGAUGAAAUGUGAGCACAAAUAAGCUGAAAAUACUGUUUACUAAUAUUGUUUGUGGGGGGGUGACCAUUACUGCUAUUGAGUGACUUGUAUUUGCACUGGAACACACUGACUUGAGUAAAAUCAUAAGAAAAACAAGAAAACAAUUUCUUUGCUUUCUUAUUUCACUUUAGAUGUGAACUGUGAGGGAUUAUACCAAAUGUUUCAGCUAAAGAAAAAAAUUAGUUAUCAGCAGUUUAUAUGGAAGAUAGAGCAACAAGGUCAAGAGAGCAGCACUAGUACUUUGAGGAAAAAGAGUAAUGAUUAUUGAUUUUUUCAGCCAUCAUGGAAUGGCCAUUCGCAAAGUUAACUAAUAGUGCCAAAGUUAGUAGGCCAUCAAUGCUCCAAAUUU